AUGGCGAUCGACGACGGUCCUCUCGCGUCCGCGUCGGGUGAUGCACCCUCACAGAAUGGCAUCGUCCCGGUCCCGAACGCCGGUGCAUCCUCGUCCACCGACGCAGACACUACGCCCGCUAGCGCGCCGGCAGAAGCUGCAUUGGCAUCCGCCGACAUCAAUGCAAACGUCGAUCCAUCCGUCUCUUCAUCAGUAGUGCCUCUCGUGCCUUUGAACAUCGACACCGAGAUGACGUCCGUCACCUCCGAGCCAGCGCCGCAAUCCUUCACCACCGCCAACCUUCCUGACAUCCCGGACGAGGUGCUCACAUUAGACACAGAUCCAUAUGCAGCUGUCGCUGCUCCAUUGCAUCAGGCCGACGCACCCACGGAUACCAUCAUGGAGGCCGGCGACGAGUAUCGCGCCACCAUCAAUGCGCCCCUCCCAUCCAUGCUCAACAGCAACGCCAUCCCAUUAGAGGAAGAUGCUUCCGGCGAUCUCUCCGCGUCCUCCAACGAAGCGCUCACACUCACCUCCACCGUAUCUCGCGGCAACUACCAUCAAUGCGGCUCUGCUCGGCGCGUCAAGGUGUACGAGCUCAAAGGCGAGACAUGGUUUGACCGAGGAACAGGCUACUGCGCUGGUGUGUACGACGAGACGGUCGACGAAGCCCUCCUCGUGGCGCGGAGAGAAGAAAAGUGUCAAUUCCUCGAGGGCAUCGACGUCCCAGCAGAGGCAGAUGUCGACGAGAACGAGCCAAUAUUGGGCGGGGUGAAUGGCGAAGCAGGAGCGUCUAAGGCUCAACCGCAGCCAUGCCAGUUCGUGGUGGUGGUCAGCGAAAACCUCGAGUCCGAGGACAUACUUCUAGCUAGCAAGGUCGUCAAAGAGGAAGUCUACCAGCGUCAACAAGAUACUCUCGUAGUAUGGACAGAACCCACCGGUGUCGAUAUGGCGCUCAGCUUCCAGGAGGCAGAAGGCUGCAACGAGGUCUGGGAAUUCCUCACCGAGGUACAAAAGCAUUUUAUGGGGCUCGCCGAGGAGGCCCUCACGGAUUCGCCGCCGACAACACCGAAUCCACAUUCACCAACAGGCGUACUCGGCAUGUCCGCAUCAGCGUCCAGCCAGGAGCCGCUCCUCAACAUAUUGGGCGAAUACAAGGGCCUUCCUGAGCCAAGUCUCGCCAACCUGGAAAAGAUCGAUGCCAUAGUCAAAGACACCACGGCCCGCGGACCCUUGCUGCGCGAAAAGCUCACUGCCUGGCUCAUGGAAUCGCACUACAUUCGCAAGCUGGUGCCCUUCUUCCACACCGUCGAGGAACUCGAGGCCUUGGAUUCGCUGCAUAUGCUUUGCACCGUCAUGCAGACCAUCCUUCUACUCAAUGACAGCUUCCUGUUCGAGUACAUCUUGCAGGACGACGUCUUCCUCGGGGUGGUUGGCAUGCUCGAAUACGAUCCCGAGUUUCCGCGGCUGAAGGCCAACUACCGCGACCAUCUCACACAACGAGCGCGCUUCAAGCAAGUCGUCGAUAUCGGCGAUGCCAUGAUCGUUGCCAAGAUCCACCAGACAUACCGCCUGCUCUACCUUCGCGACGUCAUACUCGCUCGAGUGGUCGAUGAUCCCACCGUGUCGAUACUCAACUCGUUCAUCUUCUUCCAUCAAAACGACAUCGUCAACUACUGCUGUCAGAAUGACGUCUUCCUCAGCGAGCUCUUCCGCAUGCUCAUGAGUCCGGACGAACCAGAAGAAAGGCGCGCAGAAGGUGUCCUAUUCCUUCAACAGCUCUGUGCCAUGGGCAAGCUCAUCCAGCUGCCGGCCCGCAUCUCGCUCUAUCGCACCCUCACUGACUGGGGCCUUCUCAACGUCUUGCAGUUUGCGCUUGAACGCCUAGAUCAGACAGCGCGCAACGCGGCCGCCGAGAUUCUCAUGACCAUCAUCGAGUACGACGCGAAUAGCGUGCGCGCGCAUGUUGUGUCGCAGGUGGAGCAGAAUGCACGUCCGCUGGUCAGUAUGAUGAUUGACAUGCUCCACAACGAGCGCGACCCCGGUCUCAAGACGCAGAUCGCCGAGGCGAUGCGCAUCAUCUUCGACGUGGCUUCUGACGGUGGGCCGAUGGCGACGCAAGCACAGGUGCUGUCGGUGCAGGGGCUCAACAAGGCCAAGGCCGAUCCAGAUCGGUUCCUGACGUGGAUCUACGAGGCUGAGAUCGGCCGACUUUCUUCGCCCUUCAACACGCUUCCGGACUUUCGGGUGCUGUCAAAAGGCGAGAAGCUUCCUUCGCAGGCUCGUCAUCGCUCGGCACUCUAUGGUCACAUUUGCGAUCUGCUCUGCCACAUGAUUGCGCACCACUCGUUCCGAAGCCAGUACUUUGUGCUUACCUCGGAGAUCUCGAAAAAGGUCGGCUCGCUCCUGCAUUCGCGGGAGAAAUUCCUCCGUCUUUCGGCAUUGCGCUUCUUCAAGUACUGCCUGGCGAGCAACAAUCAGUUCACCAAUCGGCACUUCAUCAAGAUCGAGCUCUUCUCGACGAUUCUCGGUCUGAUCGAGGCCGAAGGCGACCGCAACAACCUCGUGGCCUCGGCCUGCCUCGACUUCUUCGAGCACAUGAGGCGGGAAAACAUGAAGACUUUGAUCAGUCAUUGCAUGGAUCGUCAUGGUGCGCGCAUGCGUCAUCUCGCGGAACUGCCUCAUACAGCGCCGUGCUUUUCUUUGCUCGUCAGCCAGUGGGAGAAGAACCAAGAGCCAUUGCCGCAGCAAGAAGCUGGCGAUGCAGCACAACGGUCCAGCGAAGUCGAGGACAAAUCGCGGCAGCAGAGCGAGGCUGGACGUGGACAGGUCGGCAUCGCAGCAGCCGAUGCGGAAGAGGAGAGCUACUUCCAAGCAGACGAUGACGACAAGGAGGCUAGUCGUGACGGCGUCGGCCUGGUCCCGUACGGUGAUGACGAUGAGGACGAAGAAGAGACGACGGUCGCCCAAGUUGGCGCCAAGAAGACCAAGGCGGCCGGCUCCUCACCUGGACCCUCGUCGCCUUCGUCGCUCGUCAAGGUGCCUGAGAAGCGUCGCAGGAACGAAGACGAGGACGAUGCAGACGACCAACUGUCGCGCCUGUCGAAGCGAAAGCCCGCCCGCACGCCGAAGAGCAAGGGCAAGACUGCAGCGCAAUCCCGCUCACCACCUGGCGAUGACGAGUCCACGACAUCGCAGCAACCUGGAGGAUUCAUUCGCAGCAUGGCCAACUCGAUCAGCAACACCUUUGGCGGUGGUAGCGAAAAGCGCGACGGCUCGCGAUCUCCUUCACCGAAACGCUCGAAGACGGCCCGCUCGGACGACACGCCCUCUUCACCAAAGCAGGAGCCCGGCAGCAGCUCCCCCCGAUCGGCCGCCAAAGACGGCAAGAACGCCACUGGCAGUCUCGGCAUCAAGAGGAUCUCGCUAGGUCUGACAGGCUCGUCCAAGAAGAUGGCAGCCCAGUCCAACGUUCGCUCGACCGACAAGUCGGAGAACGACGAGUCGUGA